AUGGCGUCUUCUCCGUCGAAGCCAUCGAAUGUCUCCGCCGCGGCAGCGAGCCCGGACCUCGCCCGGGCCGAGGCCGCCAUCGCCGCUGCCCGCGGCUUUAGCGUCCACGUCCUGCACGACACCGCAGAUACCUUUGCGUACGUGGCAGUCGGACGGGGUCUGCUCCCGCUCGAGCUCGCCGAUGCGGCUUGGGCUGAGGCGAGCGUGCCGGCGCACGAGGCUGCGCAAAUUGUCGAUGGCUCGCUGGCGACGAGCUCCGGUCCUAUGGCGUGGAGCCAGGAUGAGGUAACGGUGGGUGGGCGGGUGGUCCGCGAGCCGCGCCUGACCGCGUUCCUUGCCUCGGCGGCCGACGUUGUCUAUACCUACUCGGGCAAGGCCAAUCUCGGCCGCGCGUUUCCGCCGGCGGUCUCCGCUGUCCGCGCUUGGCUCGCCGACGCGCUCGAGCGCGGCGACGACGAGUACUGGAACGCGUGCCUCGCAAAUUGCUACAUCGAUGGCUCGCAGGCUGUGGGCUGGCACUCGGAUGCCGAGGACGAUCUCGUCCCAGGUUCACCCAUCGUCACCGUCUCGCUCGGCGCCACACGUGGGCUGCACUUUCGCUCUCGCGCCGCCUCUGACCUUUUUGUCGCCCAGAACGACGCCCGACAUGCCCGCAAGCACCGCCCGCUCACUGCCGCCGAAGCCGAGGUCCUUGCCACUCCCACACCCACCGAUCUUGUCCUGGAUCUCGCCCACGGCGACGUGCUCAUCAUGGGCGGCAUGACCCAGAGCCUCUUCCGCCAUCGGCUCGUCCGCGACGCCGACUGCCAUCUCCCGCGCAUCGUCUUAACCUUCCGCGCCGUCGUCCCCUCUGCCCUCGCGCCUCCCCCCCUGUAGCCCAUCAGCAG